AUGAGUAUGAGCGACCUCUACAGUGAAUCCUAUUGGUCAAAAACGUCAUUUCCACUUGAAUGGAUGAAAAUGAUAUGGAGAUGGCAGUUUGUCAAACAAUAUAUGAGAAAAGAUGAACCUUGUGAAAAUAUCAAACCAGCAAGAGGAGAUUCAUUCGCUGCUCAGCCUUCAUUAACAAUAACGAAUCAAACUCAACCAAAUUCAUCAGUGUCGAAUAUGCCAGAAUUAGCAAUUGAUUUAUCUAUCUACAACACUCGCUUUUCGUUAUUAAAGCUAAGACAUCAGUGGCAAUUAAUGCAGCACAAUACGGUUACAGCUGCCUGA